AUGAGUUUCGCCGCGGUUUCAACGCACGCGGGAGCGGUCGCGUCCUCGCGACGCGCGCCCGUCGGGAUGGGAGCCUCCACGCUCGGAGAGCAACGACAGGUUGGCCGGCUGGUCGAUCACGUCGCGGGACGGCGAUACCGCCACCGUCGCUUCGACGUGAGGUGGACGGCGAGCGCGGGGGAUCCGAACAACGAGUCGCGCCGCAGAUCGUUGAACUCGCGCAACGCCCCGGGUCACGCGCACCGCCGCGGCCCGAAGCCGCCGUCGAUCGAUCGCGUCCUCCGCGCGAUGCCCGAGCUCACGCCGGAGUCCCCCAAGGACAAGCCGGUGUCCACCAACGCCAUGUCCUUCGACGAGUCCUCGAUCGGCGAUACCGAGUUCAUCGCCGAGACCAAGCUCCCCACCGGCAGCGGCUUUUACAGGCUUCGCGGGUACCGACACUCCGUCGACGGCGGCGUUCCGUCGGAGCCCGUCGCCAUCUGCUUCGGCGACAUCGAGGGCCGCGAGAAGGUGCCGGUGCGAGUCCAUGACGCGUGCUUCACCUCCGAGGUGCUCGGGUCCCUCAAGUGCGACUGCAAGCAGCAGCUGCAGCUCGCCAUGGAGUACAUCCAGGAGAACGACGGCAUGGUCAUCUACCUCCACCAGGAGGGCCGGGGCAUCGGCCUCGCCAACAAGAUUGCCGCGUACGCACUGCAGGACACCCAGGGAUUGGACACCGUGGACGCCAACCGCGCCCUGGGCUUACCGGACGACGUGAGGGAGUACACCGCGGUGGCGAACAUCCUCGAGGACAUGGGGAUCAGGUCGAUCCAGCUGAUGACGAACAACCCGAGGAAAGUCGCCACGCUGGAGCGGCUCGGGGUGAAGAUCGAAGGACGGAUCCCGUGCAUCGUCAAGGCUAACCUGUUCAACCAGGGGUACCUCGAGGCGAAGGAGGGACGGAUGAAGCACUUCCUGGACGGGAGCUGGUGCUACUGGGACCACUCGGGGAACACCUUCGACGAGGACGACGCGGCCGCGAGCGGCGAAGGCGGCGGCGCGGAGCAGGGUGAACCCGCCGCGGAGGAGAAGUAA